AUGUUGUCGGCUGCAGCUACGGCCUAUGCCUUCAAUCACAUCGUUCUACCACCAAAGCUACCACAGCAGGACGACCGCGAGACCGUAUACGAAUUGGGCCUACUCGAGAUCGCCGUCCACGCCCUCGAAUCUCUGAAGCUCAACGUCAAACACGAGCACAUUGGAACCAUCACAUCUGCCAUAGAAACUGUCAAUAAUCUUCGAGGCUGCCGCGACGAUGACGGCAACACUAGUCAAAGUCAGCUACAGCACAUCCUUACCAAAGCUACGAACGGUGUCACAAUCGGUGCAAUUCCCUUGGAGAUCAAGGAACAAAAUGCCGGAAUCCUUGUGAGCCGCUCUUCGGAUGGCCUGGACUUCGAGUUCUUCGAGCUUUCGCCAACCAAUGCGGCCGCGAUGAGCCCAGGUCGCCUAUUGCGAACGUUCCCAGCUUAUGCAUCAAGGAUACCCGUUGGAGACGUCAAUCCAGAGCUUCUUGAGUCUAUCGCUGGUACUCUAGCCACAAUGACGACGCAGCCUGUGCCUGGUUUCCAGUCUCACAUUACCAAAAACCACGUACAGAUGGUCGAGGAGCGCGAUACAACGCAUCCAGGCCUGGCCUGUGACUUCUUGAUGAAUAUGAUCAGCGCCUUCGGAGAGCCGACGGAUGUGAAGCGUAUCACGAAGAACACUCGUGAGGAGGUCCUCUGGUGUCAGUGUUUGGCACCGUGGCGACGGUCUCCCUUGUGGCUGUUGCUCCGUGUUUCGCUGCAACUGGUGUUCGCUCGCAAAGCACCCGACACGCUCUCUAGUGACGGCCUUUAUAAAUCCUUCAUGAUUUUCCUGCUAGCACGAAUAAUCGACCUAGCGAAACACCACUGGAAGGAAAUGGAUAGCGAGGCUAUAUACAUUGCCUCAUCCAAGCUGACCCAGCGAUUGCGCAAGUUCUCGCUCCUCAAGCAGACAGGAUGCUUGCAGCCAGGCUGGGCGCAGCAUAUCCACGACAAGAUGCUCGACGCUCACAAACUCAUCAAGCAGCACUGGCAGAAUCGAAUUGACAGCUCUCGAGCUAAUGUCAACUUCAACGCAAUCGCCAGUCUGAAGCCUGAGGCCGACCUCGAUAUGUACCUCUUGGGCUUAGAUGUCUUCUUAUCCAGCAUCAAGUCCCGACAGCAAGAAGUUGAGCUAUCUACAUUCUCGCCAAGCGACGAGUAUCCAUCCUACCACGCUACUGAGCUACCAACUAGCCUGCAGCUAUCAGACAUCGAUGAAGGUAGAUACUUUCGUCUAGCCGCUAUAGAGGAUUGGGUCGAACAUCAUCUUGCUGGCUGGGCUAGUCAUCAUCUUCACGAUGAGAAUGCGUGUAGCAGACUCUACGGUCUGAUUACCAGCUAUUUUGGGGCCGCCAGUGAAGCCUACGCUCGAGAUCCUAUCGGUAUGUCGAUCAUGUAUCUCACAGUCACUGAGUUGUGGGUUGCAUGCGAUACGAUCGCCUGUAAUAUCUAUCCCCUGCUGUUCGACUACGAUCCUGAGGUCGACCUGACAGAGUUUCAAUGCCUCACACUUCCUCUGAAGAGCCAUCUACAGCGCUUGCACGCCGUUGAAUCCUACGUUCAAUCACGACGCCCCCAACGAAAAGAGCAGAGAUCAUCUGUUUUUCGGGAGUUUGGACACCUCUCUUCCUUCGCUGUCAGAUACUACGAUCAAUGCCAGUCACUCCAGGCUACACUAUCGAAGAUUGAGAUUGAUGCAGCUGCCAAGCGUCAAGAGAAGUGUGAAGAGCUGGUGGAUCUCAAGCGUCAACACGCAGAUUACAUGAAUCGCUACGAGACUACCGAGUGUCAGUAUGUGACAUCGAUAUACGACUCCAAUCAUGGAUACACGGAACAGAAGCAUUCCAAGAAUUGCGACAGGUGUACAGCCAAGAACAGGGCAAAUGGGCUCACGAUUGAGCUUUUCGAAUGGCCACUUUCACCUAAAUUGCCCGAAGCAAAAGCAACGAUCUUCGAAUUGAUGAUUCCUGAAGCAUACAGCGACUGGCGCGAAACAACAGCCUAUCUCAUCGCCACUGUUCUCGGCUACAAGGACGCGAACUUGACACGACCAUCCUGCUCAUAUACGCUCGACAUGCAUCAUGACUUAUCGCAUCUCAUUUCUUCUCGGUAUCAUGGGCGGCGUAUUGUUCCGCUCUCGCAAGUCAAGAGCCACACUGUUACCCACCGGAAGAUGAAGAAGGCCAUUCCACACUUGACUGACAACGAUGUCUGUCUCAAAAAUGCGCUACAAUAUAGAAUGUACGACACAGUGCAAGGAUCGUUUACGAAACAGCCGAGUUGUACAGAGGAGGUAUCGGAGAACUGUGUCUACCACUUGCCGGAGCGAUCAAAAGCACUUGAACGCUUCAUGCAUCGACCGCCAACUUCACCAGACGGUGAGCAAGCCAACGAAGUGAUUGCUAGUUUAUUUGACUGUCCAGUUCACUUCUCCAUCGACGAAUACAAAGCUUUGGCAGCGCUACCUUUGGGACACAACAUCGUCUACGCAAACAUACUCGCUGAACUUGCGAUUCCUACUGUCGACUUCACGAAGAUCGAAACGCAAUGCAUGGUAUUACAAUCUGUACAGCAGACUGGCCCGCCAAGCCAACGCAUCGAGCGUGAAAGCCAUCUGAUCCUUGCCGAGGCUUCUUUCGGUCAUGCCAUGCUUCGACAGUUAGAGACAGGGCUGGAACGCAUUCGAAUGAACAGCCAAUCAUGGCGAUCGGCAGCUACAUUCUCUUUGCUCGCUCGAAGGGUGCUGAGCUUUGCAUCAGCAUUAGAAGUUCGCGUUCGUGCAAUCGACUUCCUGGUCGACAUGCACACUGUCUGCCAUGCCUGGCUGAGAGCGCUGACUGAGAGGGCGGCUGCCAUGCCUAACGAAAGCUUGGAGAUCGCGCUGUUGUGCAUCAGCACUUAUGACGUCGAGGAAGCUGAUGUUGCGACCAUUCUUCAGCGAAAGUCGGCAAUUUCCAUAUUGCUUCAAUCGUCGAUCGUCAUUCAGGACAAGCACGGGGCAGUCCUAUCCGAGCACCCAGAUUUGUUCAACGUUACAUUACGAGCUUGGAAUCGUCUGAUGUAUCGCUUGCUACCUACGCUACGCACCCUUAUUCUCAAGGAUAGUAGCGGUCUCUCGGAGGCUAUCACCGCGAACUGGUUUGCGUUCGAGCCAACUUCACCUCAGGGUUGGCAAGCGCUCCCCGAGCAUCAAGAACAUUGGCUUCAUACUAAGUCAUUGAGGUCAGGAUCAGAGUCAGGGCAUCUGCCAGUACACUUUAACUUGCUUACUGGUGAGCUGCUUGUCAAUGGACUUCCUCUCGAUCGACUGCCCUCAGAAUACAUGCGCCACAUCAUGUACGCGCCACUGUUCGGUAAAUCAACCCUGGAAGUCGUGCCAACAGGAGAGCCUGGACUAAGGUUCUCGGCGAAGAUGAAACACAAAGAAUACAAUCUUCACUUCGGCAUGAGUGGCGAUGACAUGCUUCUGUUGGCUAUCGGACAUGGCAAGAAGCUCGAGUUGCUUCCUUCACGUCUUUUCCAAGGCUUGUUACCUCAGUCUUUGGUGACAGAUGCAGUCCACUUCUAUGAUUCAGAAGCUCAAGAGGUCAUCUUUCAACCAUUGUACUCUCCAUGGCCUACUGAGAUUGAUGCUGCGCGGUGGCGUCUCGUCCGACACGCAUCAUCAUGGCGACUGGUCAAAGGCGAGACUAUCAUGAUCGAUGUCAACAGCUAUACAGCUCUUCGCACAGCCACAUAUCGAGUUGCGAGUUUCGGCGCAGAGGAAUGGACCUCUUCGCUAGACGUGCAGUACGCUGCGCGUGACACCCAACUGAUUCCAAAGAGAGGAGAACGAGCUUAUGUGAUAGCCAGCUUGAUCUUGCGCAAUCAAUUUGCUCUUCACAACCCCAUACCCGAUCUCAAAAGCGUACUUGUUCAGAAACACAUCGCUAGCGCUACUGUCCACGGCGUGGACAACAUGUAUGAUCUCAGACGUCUUGGAUAUGAUUCAAAAUGGUUAGGGGUCGCAUCGGAGCACAUCAAGGUUGCCUGGUGCUCUUUACAGGAAGGUUUGACUGGUGUAACUACAUACGUCAAUCGCUACAACCUCGCCACUUGGCUUUCCACAAUGGCCUUCGCAGAUAAUGCCGACUUCGAUGUCAUCCAAGCUCUGGCUCUAUUUUACAGGUCACCGCAGGCUUUCUCAGCGGUGCAGCCACCUGCAGUGCCUGAGUUCGACCUCGCUUGGGGGCAUGACUUCCAGGACUCUCAGAUCACUGCCACUCUGCGGCUCGAAUCCAAGCAGUAUGGACAAUCUGCCGAAGCUUCGCUACCCAAGUUAGACUCAGAGAACAAGCGGCAGCAUCGCGAUAGGAAGAAGCAAACAUUCGAAGAUCGGAAGGACAACGCCAUACAGGGAUUUGUGAGCAGUCUAUCGGCACAAUGGCCAGUACAGAGUCCCACAACACCAUCAGCGACGGAGUAUACCACAUAUCUCAAUGUAUCCAAGUCUAUGGCAGCAAUACGGAUACGAAUUGAACAUUGGUACAACAAUCGCCAGUUCAUGGAUUAUUUGGCCCACGUUUCAACGGUAAUAGCGCACCAACCUGCCUCGAGCGUGGUGGCGCCGCGCCACGUACUCACUCUUCCGCCCAAGAAAGGCUACAUUGGCGAAAACAUACAUCAUUACAACGCGUUGGACAUCUUCGCUGCCGCGCCACCUCCGACUACCGGUCUCGUUCCACCUUGCGAACCCCUGGUGACCAUCGCGAGGGUACAGCGGCCUGAGAGCCAAUCUGAUAUGAGCGAAAGACUUUCCGCUUUCUGUGAGCAUCUUCUGACAGGCGCGAAGUCUGUGUGUGAGCGAGAAUAUGUGGAGACUCUACGAUCAAGCUGCAUAGCCUUGGACGCGCACGUCGCCAACAACAGCAUGCGCGACGAACUGCUUGUGAACGCCCAAUCUUUGCUUCAUGGGUAUCUGCAAGACUGCCAGAAACACAUCGCAGACUUCAAUUUCGCCCUGAAUGACCAUUCGAGCAGCGAAGUCGGUGUUCAGAUACAAUUCUCACCACGAAUUCAUCCUAAAUUUUGGUUGAGUCAACUCCAUAGAGACUGCUUCGACAACCUGUCAUAUCCUUGGCAAGAGACUGUCAUCAAGUAUGCGCUUGCUAUCACUAAUCUGCAACGCGCUCAGAGGUUGUUCCGCCUAUCCAAUAACCUUGUCGAUCUCCUCGACGAGCUCAGACACGUUGGCCAUUCCAAUUGGGAUGUAUAUCAGUAUCCCGAAACUCUGCUCAUAGAAGCUGAGAAUGGUAUGCUUGUCAGGAAAGAGCAGGAACACAUUGCGAGCCACAUGCGUUCACCAAAGGAUGGUCAAAAUGCUGUGCUUCAAUUGCUGAUGGGAGGCGGCAAGUCGACGACCAUCUUGCCCAUAUUGAGCGCUUUCCAUGGCGACAAGAAGAAGCUUGUGCGAGUAAUCGUCGGAAAGCCCCAGAGUAAACAGAUGCUGACAAUGCUGAUCGCCAAGCUUGGUGGCCUGUUGAACAGAAAGAUCUACCAACUGCCCUUCUCGCGCAACCUCCGACUGAGUGCUCAAGAUGCCAACACCAUCCACGAAAUCUACAAAGAAUGUGUUCGCGAGCGCGGUGUAUUGCUGGCCCAGCCAGAGCAUAUCCUAUCGUCAAGGUUGAUGGCUGUGGAAUGCGUACUUGUCGACGAGUCAGAGACCGCCCAGUCACUGUUAGCAACUCAGAAAUGGCUCGACGACGUGUCUUGCGAUUGUAUCGACGAAAGCGACGAGGUUUUCUCUACCAAAUUCGAGUCUGUUUACACGAUGGGCACCCAGCGAGCGAUUGACUACGCCCCUGAGCGGUGGUUAAUCAUCCAGGAAGUUCUAGCCCUCAUUCCAAAUGUGGCCAAGCGGGUGAAAGAAGAUCUGCAAGAAGCUGUUGAUAUACAGAGCGAUGGAGACGGGAUGUAUCCCAGGAUCAGGUUCCUCCGAACUGACGCUGCUGAUCGAAUUGUGUAUCUUCUUGCGACACGGGUCGUCGAGUCAGGCAUAGGAACUCCUUCUCGCACACAGUCACAAGCCAUGCAAGCGGCCAUCUUGCACUAUAUCUCCGUAUCAGAACUUGAAGCACAUGAGAUUGAAGUGGUGGAAGAAAGCAUGUUUUGGACCGAGACAACGAAGCCGGCAAUCCUUCUCCUACGUGGCUUGUUCGCUGGUGGUAUUUUACGAUUCGUCUUCCAAAAGCGAUAUCGUGUGGACUUUGGCCUGGACAGUCACCGUACCCCAAACACUCGCCUAGCUGUUCCGUUUCGCAGUAAGGAUGCUCCUUCGCCCAGGAGUGAGUUCUCUCAUGAGGAUGUGGUCAUCGUCUUGACACAGCUCUCCUAUUACUCCAAAGGUCUGGGUGAAGAUGAUCUUUUUGAAACGCUCACCCAUCUCUUGAAGUCGGAUCAAGCGGUUAUCCACUACGACGAAAUCGUGAGUACUGCAUCUUCGACCCUUCCCAAGGCUUUCAGGCAUCUCUCUGGUGUCUCCAUAAGCAAUCGAGAUCAAUGCAUCGCCGAAGUGUUCUCAGGUUUGAGACAUUCACGGAAGGCCAUCGACUACUAUCUCUCGUAUCUCGUCUUCCCGAAAGAGAUGAAGCACUUCCCCCAAAAGGUCAGUGCGAGCGGCUGGGAUUUAGCUGGGACCAACAAAGUCAAUGCAUCCACCGGCUUCUCUGGCACCAAUGAUACCCUGCAUCUACUUCCACUCGACAUCAAGCAUCUGGAUCUACCGAGUCAACAACACACCAAUGCUGAGGUUUUAUCGUUUCUGUUGAUGGACGAAACAUCCGUGGCCAAUUUACCUGCCCGUGCAAUUGGUAAUUUGGAUGGAGAAUAUCUUCUCGGUUUCAUCGAGGGAUUACACCCAGACAUCAGGGUUAUACUGGACUGCGGAGCGUCAAUCUUACAAAUGAGCAACCGAGAAGUGGCUGAAGCCUGGCUGAAGCUGCGAGACAACGACAUCUCGGCAAUAGUCUACUUCGAGAACGAACAGCUUUCAGUGCUGGACCGCACUUCCAAGGUCGAGUCUUUCCAAACCUCUCCUUACGCGAAAAUGCUGGAAUCGUGCAUCGUCUAUUUGGAUGAAAGCCAUACAAGAGGAACAGACAUACCCGGGCUACCACGACACUACCGGGCUGCCCUAACGCUAGGCAGUCAACUGACCAAGGAUCGCCUCACACAAGCUGCUAUGCGACUACGGAAGCUUGGAAAAGGUCAAUCAGUGUGUUUUGUCAUACCCGGAGAGAUACAGACAAAGAUCUACGAGCGAAGCGGCAAGCCAAUUGGUACUCCGAUCGAAACGUAUGAUGUAUUGGCGUGGGCGAUCGGCGAAACCUGGGCGGACCUCAAGAGGUCACUAGCACUCUGGGCAAUUCAAGGCCGGAGGUUUGAGUGCCAGAAAGGCAUGUUGAACGGCCUUGAUACUACCAAAGAACAAGCCAAGGCUUUUCUGGAAGAUGAAGCGGCAGAUUUGGAAACUCGCUACAAGCCAUCUGCACCGAACAACGACGAGUCCGCGCACCUCGACAACUGGGACAUGUCCAAUGACAACAUCGUCAGCAUCGUUUCACGAUGCCGUAGCUUCGAAGCUAUGGGUGGUUUUGAAGCAGCCGCCCUAACUAAGGAGCAAGAGUGUGAGCUUGCACCGGAAAUCGAAAUGGAGCGCGAAGUCGAGCGCCCACCACGCUUGAAGGCUCAUCCACAUGAUGUUCAUACAGAUCUGGAAAGCCUCAUCCACACUGGAACUAUCGUCUACGGCUCUAAGGCUUUCGUGCCUGCUUUCGUAUCUCUCAACACCACGAGCGCUGGAAAGCUGUUCAACCUGAGAAGUCUCCCCAAUGACUUACUGGUCACCGCAGACUUCAUGCGCACUGUUCAAAUACCCCCAGGAUCAACCCGAGCAUCUUUCGUUUCCGACUCGUACCAGCGCCCGGUGCAAUUUAUCCUGAGCGUGCCCAGCUUCAGCAGCCCAGGUACCAUGAGCAAGCUCAUCAUUAUGAGCCCCUACGAGGUCAAUCAGUUGCUACCCCUGAUUGGGCAGUCGGACAAGGUUACGCUACACAUCUACGCUCCACGGUUUAACGUCAGUUAUGCAUCGAUCGAUGACCUCAUGCUCUACAACGUCGGUCGAACCUUCUCGCCUGGUUCGGUCUCACGUAGCUUGACGAUGCAGCUUAAUCUCUUUGCUGGAAGUCUUUAUCUGCGCUCGUUGUCUGAGUGGGCCGAACUCUGUGAUCAUCUUGGUCUUCUGAAGGACACAGUAGAAGACGGUCAGGAAGCCUCUCCAGACGGGUUUGUCAUGCCGCCAGCCGGUAUCUGGAACUUGAAGAAGUCUCCCGUUCCCUUCUUGCGAGCAUGGCUUAUGAAGGUUCGGCGCGAAGGAGAGGGUAUCGAGAAGACCCAUAUGGGCAAGCUGUUAAGCGGGGCUAGGCUGGAGGAGAGCGAUUUUUCUGAGGAGGAGUAG